GUAUGUUUGUCUUUGAUUUGUUAGGUGAGGUGCAUGAACCUCAACUAUUGCUCGGAUAAUGGUGUGACGAUCGUCAUCACGGAUUCGGGCUCGAGCGGAGGCACCGAUUUCAUAUUGAGCCAGCAUGCUUUUGCAGGAAUGGGGCAAACCGUUGAUGCCGGCAAAUCUCUUCUUAACCUUGGUUGGGUUGAUAUUGAGUAUAGGAGAGUCUCGUGCAGUUAUCCAAAUAAGAACAUAACCAUAAAGAUUGAUGAGAGCAGUAAUUUCCCCGACUAUUUAGCCUUUGUGAUAGAAUAUCAACAAGGAAUCAAAGACAUUAUAGCAGUACAGUUAUGUGAGACUGUGAGUUUAACAUGUAAGCUAUUAGAUAGAAGUCACGGCACCGUAUGGGCUGUUGUCUCUCCUCCUACUGGCCCUCUGUCUAUAAAGAUGCUUCUAAGCGGCGACAGCAUCAACGACGAUGAUGACAAUGAUAGUUGGGUGGCGCCUGUCAAUAAUAUUCCUGUGAAUUGGACGCCUGGAACUAGCUAUGAUUCUGGGAUACAGAUAAAUUAGAGCUGCUCGAAAUGUUUUCUUUCAUGUUGAAUUUUAAACAAUAUAGAUUUUAUCUACUAAUAAUUGGUUGAUCUUUAUUAUUUAUAAGUUGAUGUUUAUGUUGUUGAAAGUCAGUUUUGUUAUAUGUUUUCUAAAUAG